UAUGAUUUUUGUCUUGCAGCAUCAAACAUGGUGAAGCUGGAGACUCUGCUGGCCCUGGAACGAACAGAAAUAGUGGCCAAGUAUGAGCAGGGGCACCAGUCAGGGUCUCCCGCGGACCCGGACCCGUGGGAUGAUUCUGACCUCUCGUGCUACAAGGUCACCUACAGAUGGGAACAGCCUGGCCUCAGUACCCAGGGCCUCAGCAUCCAUGGCCUCAGCACCCACAAGGCGAGGCAAAGAGCCCAGGACAUUAGGCGAGCCACUAAGUGGGUGAAGAUGCUGAGGAACUGGAGUAAAUACCAGGGCAGUCGAAAGAUGCGCCGGCGAGUCUACAAGGGGAUCCCCCCACAGGUGAGAGGACAGGCAUGGUCUCUGCUCUUGGAUCUGGAGAAGGUGAAGGUGGAGAACCAAGGGAAAUACCAGAGAAUGAAGGAGCAGGCCAGGCUCUACUCUCGGGACAUCAAAUAUAUUGACAUGGACGUGAGCCGCACCUUCCAAAACAAUAUUAUGUUCCAGGAGCGGUACGGCAUCAAGCAGCAAGCCCUCUUCAAUGUGCUCACAGCUUACUCUGUCUACAACACAGAGGUGGGCUACUGCCAUGGCAUGAACCAGAUUGUCGCCAUCCUGCUCAUGUUUCUUAAUGAGGAGGAUGCUUUCUGGGCACUGGCCCAACUGAUGGACAACAAAAGACAUGCGAUGCAUGGCUUCUUCAUUCCGGAGUUCCCGAAACUUCAGAGAUUGCAGGCCCAUCAUGAUAAGAUUCUGGAGAGGACUCUCCCCAAGCUGAAGAGGCACCUGGACAAGGAAUACAUGUACACAGAAAUUUAUACUAAGCUGUGGUUCCAACAUUGCUUUAUUGACCAGACACCUUUCUCACUCACACUAAGACUAUGGGAUGUAUACAUCCUGGAGGGGGAGCGAAUGCUCACAGCCAUGGCCUAUACAAUCAUCAAGCUGCACAGAAAACACCUCCUGAAGCUGCCCCUGCAAGGCCUGUAUGAGUUUCUUCAGGACAAGAUCUCCGGGCCCUGGGCCCUAGAGGAUGAUGCAGUGAUCAAAAAGCUACAGGCAUCAAUGGCUGAACUGCACAGGAAGAAUUGGGACCUGCCUCCCCCAGCAAAACCUGAGGAGUUCCCCACGAGGACCCUGGGCCUGGAGCGAUCAUCCCUGGAACCCAAGCCUUGCCCAACCAUUACAAGCAUAAAGGAACUCUCUGUAGAGGACGGGCCUGACCUCCCUGGCCCACCUGCUAAGCACCAGCAGCCUGGACCCUCACACGGCCAGGCCUGCCUAAAGGCUGAGGAACACCAGCAAGAGCGGGCCAUGGUACCACAACUCCGUUGGAGGGCCCGAGAGCCACCACGUCUGGCCUGCCCAUUUCCACCCCUGGACAUACCUCAGGACCGGAUGUGGCCGUGGAGAUGGGCUUCUCUUCCCAACAUCCCCAAGAACUAUGAGUGUCCCCUCAAGUGGCCAAUUGAUAUAGGAUUCGAGCCCGAGUGUUGGGACCUUUGCCCCUCAGCACGGGCCAAGGUCGCCCUCAGGGCCACAUUGCAGGCCUAGCCCUGCAGUCCCACCAAGGCCCCAGCCACAGGUCCUGCCCAGGCCCACUGAACACGCAGCCACGUGGCCCAGGACACCCCUCCUGACCCAUAGCAAGUGCAGCCAAUGCCCCUCCCAGGGCCGUGAUCAGCACGACCAAGAUAGGAUACGUGAUUUCAAUUGCAUUACAAAUUGUAAUGCUACUCCAUCGUUUUGCAAAUGACUCUCUGACAUUAUCUAUGACAUAAAGGGCAUUUGUGAUGAAGUUUUUGACAAAAAUCCAGUGACUUCUAGGAUUUGUCUUUCAAAUGACAUGCAUCUAGCCACUUGUAGCAUGAAAUUAUUGAAUCCCAAAUCCCAGUGUCCACCACAGGGUGGCAGAAUUCAUCUUCUGCCACAGUCAUCAGGCUGCAAGUAUUUGUGGAGCAGACACUUCCAAAAACAUCUAAGCAUUCCUAUAAAGGAGCUCUAAUGGCACUGUACCAAUAAUUUCCCACUAUAAAUCUCCUAGAGCUAGUUUCAUUUCUUUCUUGUUACUAUGAUGCAAAAAUGGUAGUGGUGAAUUUGGUAGGGUUUGCAGCAUGUCUCUAAUGACCUUAGACCAUGUUAUUUCCAGAAACUGGCCUAAUUACGUCAAACCCUUUAGUUUGGCUAAACAAGAGUUCUAUUUGGCUAAUUCUAUUUACCACAGCUUGCAUAGUCUCCCAAGCUUCUCUCUUUGAGACAAAAACUAUUAUGAAGUUGUCAAUAUAAUGAAUUAACUUACUUUAGGUAUGGUAAUACAUAAAUCUUUUUUAAAAAGUAUGACAGUAUGCUAAAUCUAUAUCUUUGGGGGAAAAGAGUAAACCUAUACUGUAUUCUUUUGUAUAGAAAAGUAAACUAUGCCUGACAGUUCUUUGUUUCUAAAAGUUAAUCUGGAAGCAUAAAUGUAUGCAAAUUGCAAUUAAUUUUUAAAAGAGUAAUGAGUCUUUCUAGAAGACAAAACGAAUUAUAAUGUUAGAAUUAGAAUCAUAUCCUGGCUCAGAAAUACAUAUCGAAUGCAAAUGAUUAACAAAACAUGAAUUAGCCAAUUUCACAAAGAUAUAUUUAGAAUAAGGAUAUUUCAAUAUAAAAUAUGGAAUCCCUGCUGUGGCACAAUAGGACUGGCAGCACCAAGGGCACAGGUUCAAUCCCUGGCCUGGCACAGUAGGUUAAAUAAAAGAUCCUUUGUUGCCACAGCUGUGGAGUAGGCUGCAACUGCAUCUCAAAUAUGACCCCAGGCCUGGGCACUCCAUAUGCCACAAAAAAAUAUGUUUCAAUUAGGAUCAUUUUAGUUGUAAAUGAAAGGAAGGUCAAAUGAAAUUGUUUUUAAAUGUAAGGAUAUUUGUUGACUGGCUUAUGUAAAUACAAACUCCAAAACCUGGGCAGCCUCAGAAUGCAUUGAUAAAAAUGAUCAAUUAUACUAUAAUAAAAUCCUUUACUUUUUGUAUUCUUA